CCGAGCCUCACCUGCAGUCAGGUGCCCUCUUCCGCUUUGACCCGCUUGUGUGUAUUGUAAUUGGAUGAUUUUUUCCAUCUCCUCUUGGGACCCUUGUGGUGAAAGUUAAUAGAAUUUGAGUAUUCAUUAAAAGUGCUUAAGCCCGCAGUGCAAAUGUACACUUUUUUUGCAUUGCCUGGAACUAUUGUAUUAGCAUUCAUGAGAUUCUGUGUAUGUUGUGCCUGUAGCGCUUUCAUGUAGUAAAGAACCUUAUAAUGAUGAUUAUUAUACAUUGAGCUCGCUAUCUCUUUUCUGAUUGGCCGAAAGCUUACAGUGAAUUUUCGAAAUAGCACCUGCGACGUCAUAACUGCAGAUUAUACAGUAAUCAUUAUGACCGCGGUGCAUGAUUUCUAAGUUUCGGCUUCGGAUGACAACCCCUACCUCGACCUCGAUUAUUCUGGAUAUCACAAAAACCUCAUCCAAUAAUUGCUUAUAAUCCGCUCCUUCACCAUUGCCACAAUUGUUUUUUCUUUCUGUGUUUCACUCGCCGGUAUAGCAUCUGGCGUAGGGUAGGUCAUCAAUAUCUAGCAAUUCACUUCGCAAAUAAUUAAUAAACCACAAAAGCUAAAUAUUAGUUAUUGGCUAACCUUACAAGCUAAAAGAGAAUUUGAGUAGAUCGGGGUACUUACCCAUAUUCACCAAAUGGCCCAUGAAAACCUUGGCGCCAUUUUUUAUUUUAAGCUUGGCGCCUAGUUUUAAUUCCUCAUCUUGGCAGGAGAUUAAUUUUCUUUCAACUAAUGAAUAAGUAUUGUCGUCGAAAGAAAACAGAAAAUAGUCUCUAUCCUGGCCUUUGUUUUCUGUCAAACAAGAAGCAGUGUAGUUGAAGGAUGAGCUCCCAAGAAAAUAAAGUCACCUAAUCUAAUGCAAUGAUGUUUGAGGAAUGAACAUACCAUGAAUGAAAAUGAGAGGGAAUUUUUUUAAGGUUUUUGAACCUCAAAAGUAUGCAGCACAAGAUAGUCUUGCGUUUAUUGCUACAUGCUUCUGCGUUUCAAAUUUGAUUGGUGCUUUUUGAUCAAAUUAAUUAAGGUGUACACGUAAUUUUCUUACCUUUUUGUGUCUUCCUGAUUAAAGUCCUGCACGUCAUGGCGAAGAAAAAGUGCCCAGCGUCGGAAAAAAAAAACAACAAGAAAACUCUUGGGCCGCAAGGCUGGGACACGUCGUGUAUCAGCUCAGCCAAUAAGCAGGCGUGAAAUUUCCCGCCUUUCUUUUGGCUGUCAAUCAAAGUAGUAUCAUCCGAUGGAGUGAUCACAAAUUUCCCGCUUUGCACGCGUAGCUGGCAUUGCUCCUCUAGCGAUCCUCGAAACGUCAAAACAAGUGAGAUGGAAUGGAUUCGGACAGCGACGUCGGUGAAUUAAUAGAACAUCAAGAAUCUUGUAGCAAUGGAAUCAAGCGACAGAUUUCAAACAGCAGCGACACUAGCGAUGCUGAUGGGUGUCAGAGAAAAACGAGACGACCAAAACUGAGGCGAAGACCGACACGACAAGUGCGUCUUCCUUCAUGUAAACAUCGCUACGAAGAGGACACUUCGGAUGAUGACGGGCUCUUUGAUUCAAUUAAAACAGUUUCAGAUUGCAGCAAAAUAGUUUCAGCAGCGAAAGAUGGGUUUGCAUCUUCAAAUGAAAGCGAAAGUGGUUUAGCAGAUCUUCCACGUCCGUAUGUGCCGUAUAUAAACGAAGCGACCAACGAUUGGCGAUCUCCUUCGUCUCAAGAUACAGAAAACGAGCAGUUGUCCACUUUUUCGGUUGAUAGUGAUUGUAGUGGUCAUACAGAGAUCAAUGCUGCGGUUGUGAAUGAAGAAACAGAAGAUCAAACUCGCGCAUAUCUGUUGUCCAACUCUAGCGGUUCAAACGGUGAAGAACUCGAUUCGUGCGACGAUUCGAGUCGAAACGAUAGCAGUUCAGAUGAUAGUGACAAGGAUUCUUUCAUUUCAGACGAUGGAAGUGAUCGCGCAAACGUAUUUACGAAGAGCAUUUACGAAGGAUCUACUUUGUCUGUAGGUGCAAGUUGUAUUCUCAUUACGCAGUUUAGUCGCAAGUACAAGCUUCCCCGUAAAGCUCAGAAUGAUCUACUCGCUUUACUUAAGUUACAUUGUCCUGAGGGGGUUGAAAUUGCUUUACCCCAAACUUACAAGGAACUGUUAAAAAAGACUAUGCCAUCACUAGCCAACAUUGCGAAAGUACGGGUUUGUUCGAUUUGCACGAAAAAAAUAGAAGGAGAUGCCACGGAGUGUGAAGAUGGACAUCCCGUGGGAAGACCAACUAAAGAGGAUUCAUACUUCAUCGAAUUACCCCUGGAACCACAGCUGAAAAUGAUUAUUGAAGAGAACUUCUCAGAAAUUUUUGGAGCUUGCAGAAAGCAGGUCCUGGAAUGCACUGAAGAAGCAAGCUCUUAUAAAGACAUCACAGAUGGAACCUUAUACAAGAAUUUUUACAAGGAAGUACACAGUGAAAGUGGAGAUAGAACAUGUUUUCACUUAAGUUUGAUGAUUAGUACUGAUGGAGCUCCUGUGUUCAAGUCCAUUCAGUGCUCUAUUUGGCCACUAUAUCUGUGUAUUUUAGAGCUUCCAUCACAGAAAAGAUAUUCGGUGAAGAAUGUUCUUCUCAUUGGGCUUUGGUAUGGUGUAAAGAAACCCAAAAUCAAUUCCUUUUUGGAAGCAUUUCUUUGCAAAAUUGGAAUGCUGGAGACUGAAGCAAUUUGUUGUUCCCACGGAAAUUACUGGAGUGAUGAAAAGUACAGCAGCAUCACAGUUUUUCUUAUCUUUCAGGUCUUCUUCUAG